AGGGAAGAUUUCUUUCCUUGUUCUCUAGCCUGUGAAGGGUUUGCAAAACUCCUGCUGCCUGGAAUAAAAUUCUGCCGGCAGCAACUAUUUGUCGGAGGUAAGCAGUUCCAGAGGGAGCUUUCACAUUCACCGAGUGGCUGACGAUGAAGACUCUGGAAGAUGUCGUGACCGACCAGCUCAGCCUCUCCCUGCCAGAUCCAGAUGUUUCUGCCUACAUGCAAUACCCCAAUACGCCUCUGCCCUCGAUGCAGCUGUGUGGGCCAGUGCCUCCCUAUUACUCCAACAACAGCUACUACAACCAGUACUCUGAAGAAUGGUACUCCUCACCCAUGUAUGACAUGAAGGCGUUAACCUGUGACAGGGCCUUCCCCAAAGACUCCGAAGAGUGCGAUGUCCCCAUCGCCAAGAAGCCACGGUUGGGUACUAUCCCAGGCAAGAUGAAAGGCGACGAACUUUGUGUCGUGUGUGGAGACAAGGCUUCUGGAUAUCACUACAAUGCUCUCACCUGCGAAGGAUGUAAAGGGUUCUUCCGACGCAGCGUCACCAAGAACGCGGUGUACAAGUGCAAGAACGGAGGCAACUGCGAGAUGGACAUGUACAUGAGGAGGAAAUGCCAGGAAUGCCGCCUCCGGAAGUGCAAGGAAGUGGGGAUGCUUGCCGAAUGUCUGCUAACAGAAAUUCAGUGCAAGUCGAAACGACUAAGGAAGUGCCCCUCACUGCCCCCCGACCCGCCUGAAACGGAGACCAUGGACGGACUGGAUUCCAAGCAAGUGACAUCCACAACCAAGCACAUCAAACAGAAAAUAGAAUUUACCCCAAAGCAACAAGAUCUCCUAAGGCACAUCCUUGAUGCCUUCUCCAAGUACCGCGUCCCUCAAGAGCUGACCAAGAAACUGCUGCAGCAGCGAUGCAGUCCUGAGGAAAACUUCCUGCUCCUCACUGAAACCGCAACCAGUCACGUCCAGCUACUGGUGGAGUUCACCAAGAAGCUACCCGGCUUCCAGAUGUUGGAUCAUGAGGAUCAGAUUGCCUUGUUAAAGGGCUCAGCGGUGGAAGCCAUGUUCCUUCGCUCUGCCCAGAUAUUCAGCAGGAAGAUUCCUUGUCAACAGAGCAAGUUGUUGGAAGAUCGUAUAAGACACAGCGGCAUCGCUGAGGAAUAUAUCACACCCAUGUUUAACUUCUACCGGAGUAUCGGCGAGUUGAAGAUGACUCAGGAAGAAUACAGUCUUCUCCUGGCCAUCACCAUUCUGUCUCCAGAUCGGUUGUAUGUGAAGGAUCGGGACGCCAUUGACAGGCUUCAGGAGCCGCUGCUGGACAUCCUGCAGAAGUACUGCAAGAUCACCCACCCCGGCGACCCUCAGCACUUCGCCCGGCUGCUGGGGAGGCUGACGGAGCUCAGAACCUUCAACCACCACCACGCCGACAUGCUGAUGUCCUGGAGGAGUAACGACCAGAAAUUCACUCCUCUUCUCUGUGAGAUCUGGGACGUGCAAUGAGGUCCAGGUCCACCCCUGCAGCAGGACCAGGGCAUCUCAACCGCAUGACCAUCAGACCAGAGGCCACAGGAGCUUUCAGCCCAUUGAGCCCGCUCUGCCAUUCUAUCAUGGCUGAUUUAUUAUCCAUGUCAGAGCUGGUCUCCAUCUCCAAAGUGCUCAGAAAGACCAUGCAGUGCUAACAGGGACAAGUCUCCAAGGUUGACCCCUAGCAACCAAAUGUGAGGCUUAUCCAGAUUCAGCCAAUCACCUAUUUAAAUAAACCUUCAUGGCCUUAUGUAACUUUCAAUGUACAUGUGACAAAUAAAGUUAAUCUUUAUUAUUAUUAUUAUCUUUAAUGCA